CUUGAUUUGAAAAUUAAGUUUACGUCCAAAAUCACCUGUAAUCUCGAUUUAAAAACAUAACGACUUACCCUCCCCUCCCUAUCUAGUUAUAGAAUGUAAUGUUGUUGCGUGAGUAGCUUUGCAUUGUGGGUGUCCUCGUAAGAUGGCGGAGACGACAACAAGGUCGAGUUUACGUCUCUAAAAUGAGAAAAAUAAAUCCUUAAACACUACGACAUGGGUCAAAAAGGCUGCAAACUCUCACCUGAGGAGACACAAGAGCUUCUACAGUGCACAUAUUUCGAUAAAAAGGAACUUCAUAAAUGGUAUAAAGAUUUUAUGAAAGACUGCCCUUCAGGGCAGCUAAAACAAGAGGAAUUUCAAAGAAUUUAUCAACAGUUUUUCCCAUUUGGGGAUCCCAGCAAAUUUGCAGCCUUUGUCUUCAAAGUAUUUGAUCGAAAUUCAGAUGGUCAUAUCAGUUUCAAGGAGUUCAUCACAGCCUUGUCUAUUACUUCAAGAGGAAGUUUGGAUGAAAAACUUGAAUGGGCGUUUUCCCUGUAUGACCUGGAUAGAGACGGUUAUAUAACAAGAGAUGAGAUGUUGAGCAUUGUCAAGGCUAUUUACAGUAUGGUGGGUAACAUCAUCGACCUUCCACAAGACGAAGACACACCAGAAAAGAGAGUAGACAAAAUAUUUAAACAGAUGGAUCAAAACAACGAUGGCCGCUUGACAAUGGAAGAGUUUCGAGAAGGAUCAAAAUGUGAUCCGUGGAUCGUUCAGGCGCUAGCUAUCGACCUUCCCCAGGAAGACGUACUACCCACUGCCGAGUGAACUUCACUGACUCACUCACUCCACACACAACACCGAUCAAAUAGUUUUAGAUUCAUCUUUCGUUUCAUUUUUAACACUUACUUGAUGAAUUUCUAUUUAUUUUGGGGAUUUUUACAUUCAUUUUCCACCAUCUUAUCUUAUCUAUUUCAAACUCUAACCAGUAGACUUUCGACAUCAUCAAUACUUUUUUCUUAUACCAUAGAUUUUAUUUUUUAUGAUAUUUUAGUGAGGUUUUACCCCCUUGAUUUCGUCGGAGUAACUACCAUUUUCAUUGCCCUUUUGUCGUUUUUGCUGCCACAGCUGGUUUGGUUUAUUCUUGCGGUUCUUAUUUUUCGUUGCUGUAGUGUUGUUUCUACUGUUAUUAACUUUACUGAUAACGCAGCUGAAAUUAAGCUUUUCGGCAAAGCAUGCUGAAAAAUACCAGAAUGGACGAUAAACGGGCCAUACUUAGCAUAAUAGCAUAGUGCUAUUUACUUUUCUUGCAUUCGUAUUUCAUUUUAGGUCACAUUUUCCUCCGAUAUACCUCGUUAAAAGAUUAUUGAUCCUAGUCUCAGUCUCAAGAUGAAAAUAAUGACUAACAGCAUUCCCAACAUCAGAGCAACACUUAAUCCUGAUUGGUGCACUUUACCACGUGAUACAGUUCCCAUGGUAAUUCCUUGUAUUUAUUCAAAUACAUCAAAUGUAGUUACAAGCUCAACGUCGCUAUAGUAACAGGUCGCCUAAGUUAUUCGAUUUCGUUGUCAUGGUUUCAUUAGUUGCUAUAGUGAUGAUAACAUAUUUAUAUGGCUUAUUCAAAUU